GACUUUUAUUUUAGUGUGGCGAUGUGACGUCAUAUGUCUGCGCCGCGCUCCUGCGUCUGUUGUGUUUUUAUACAGUCUAUGGUUGUGAUUCGGGCUGAAGAAAGACAGAGUGUCCAAAUGCAGAAAGAGUCUUGCUGAAGCAGCUGAGAUCCACGUGUCACAGUAUUACAACGAUGGCGUUAAUUAAAGAGGAGAGUGAAGACAUUAAGAUUGAAGAUGCAAUCACAGCGAAACAAGAAGAUGCUGAAGAACAAACAGACCUAAUGACGCUAAAAGAGGAGAGUGUUGUACUAAAUGAAAUUGAAGAGAAAAGUCGGUUUGAGAAGCAUGAUUUCAUCACUGGAGAGAAAUCCACAAAGACUGAAAUGGCUUCCUCGCCAAAAACAGCUAAGAAGACCGAAUCUAACAGUUAUUCCACAUGCCGUCAGUGUGGAAAGUGUUUCAGUCAGAAGCGAAAUCUUGAAGUCCACAUGAGAAUUCACACUGGAGAGAAGCCCUUCACCUGCCAACAGUGUAAAAAAAGUUUUACUCAAAAACAAAACCUUAAUGUCCACAUGAGAAUUCACACUGGAGAGAAGCCCUUCACCUGCCAACAGUGUGGACUGAGUUUUACAAAUAAAGGAAACUUAAAUGCCCACCUGAGAAGUCACACUGGAGAGAAGCCAUUCACCUGCCAACACUGUGGGAAGAGCUUUGCACAAAAAGGAAACCUUGAGGUUCACUUGAGGCUUCACACCGGAGAGAGGCCUUUCAUGUGUCUUCAGUGUGAGAAGAGUUUCAUAUAUCAAAGGGACUUGAAACGGCAUUUGUCAAUUCAUUCUAAAAAGAAUUUGAAGUGUUCUGAGUGUGAGAGGUUUAGAAAAAGAAGAAAUUUCAAAAAUCACCUUCACAUUCAGUCUGGAGCAAGGCGGAUUAAUUGUGAUCAGUGUCAUAAGAAAAUAAUUUUGCCGUCACGCAGAAAAAGUCUUCACACCUGAAAGGUCAGGAAUGUGUGAGACCCUUUUGGUGUUCUUUGUGUGGAAAGAGUUGUA